CGCGCGGACUGGGUGUGGUUGGAGCGCGAGCGCGCCCAAUUCUCGGAGAGAACGUGCUGCGGGUUCACGGCUGCACCCGCGAGAGCGCCAACGGGAGCGGGGGCGCGGCUUGAACGGCGGUGCGUGGGUGACCGAGCUGGGGGAGAAUGAUCGAGCGGCCCGAGGCUGGGGGAGGCGUCCCGCAUCCCCGUUCUCUGGAGGGAUACGUUGGAUUCGCAAAUCUCCCAAAUCAAGUAUACCGCAAGUCAGUGAAACGGGGAUUUGAGUUCACGCUAAUGGUUGUGGGGGAGUCGGGACUUGGCAAAUCAACUUUGAUCAAUUCACUCUUCCUGUCGGACUUAUACUCCAAGGAAUACCCUGGGCCCUCCCUCAGGAUCAAGAAAACUAUCCAGGUUGAACAAGUAAAGGUUCUGGUUAAAGAAGGUGGUGUGCAACUCACGCUGACCAUUGUCGAUACCCCAGGGUUUGGAGAUGCAGUGGACAAUAGUAACUGUUGGCAGCCAGUCAUCAACUACAUCGACAGCAAGUUUGAAGAUUUCCUCAACUCUGAGUCACGAGUGAACCGCCGCCAGACGGCUGACACCCGUGUUCAUUGCUGUUUGUACUUCAUCGCUCCGUCUGGACAUGGGCUGAAGCCUUUGGACAUUGAAUUUAUGAAACGCUUACAUGACAAGGUGAAUAUUAUUCCACUCAUAGCUAAAGCAGACACCCUCACCCCUGAGGAGUGCCAGCACUUCAAGAAGCAGAUAAUGAAAGAGAUCAAGGAGCAUAAGAUUAAGAUUUAUGAAUUUCCAGUUACUGAAGAUGAAGAGGAUAAUAAAUUGAUAAAGAAGUUUAAGGACCAUGUACCGCUGGCAGUCGUUGGAAGCACUCUAGUCUUUGAGGUCAAUGGGAGAAAAGUUAGAGGUCGUCAGUAUCCAUGGGGAGUGGCAGAAGUUGAAAAUGGAGAGCACUGUGACUUUUCUCUUCUGCGCAACAUGCUGAUCAGGACACACAUGCAAGAUCUGAAAGAUAUCACCAACAAUGUCCACUAUGAGAAUUACCGGAGUCGCAAGUUGGCAGCAGUGACUGGCAAUGGGAUUGAUGCCAGUAAAACGAAGGGACCCCUCACCAGGAGUCCAUUGGCUGAAAUGGAGGAAGAACGCCGUGAGCACGUGGCCAAAAUGAAGAAGAUGGAGACAGAGAUGGAGCAAGUCUUUGAGAUGAAGGUUAAAGAGAAAAAGCAGAAACUUAAGGACUCUGAAAAUGAGCUGCAACGUCGUCAUGAGCAGAUGAAGAAGAAUUUGGAGGCACAAUAUAAGGAACUCGAGGAGAAACGCAAACAGUUUGAGGAGGAGAAAGCAGCCUGGGAGAUGGAACAGCGUGUGUUGGAGCAGCAGAGGCUCGAUUCAUCAAAAACAAUGGAGAAAAACAAAAAGAAAGGCAAGAUUUUCUGAGGUUUAUUGUCCAAAUGUUUCUGGCUGACAUCAUUAUCCACCCUGCAGCUUCUGGACAUCAAUAAAUGCCACUGAUCACACAUUUCCGGAACUGUCUUUGUCCCACCGGACUGCUGAUGAAAUGGUGAAUAUAUACCAGAUCAAGGCCACACGCUUCUUCACUGAGCCUCUCAAUGUAGUUAAACUCUGUGUUAUUUAGUGUCUUGCAGGGUGAGGAGGAUUGCUCGUGUCUGCCAACACUGCAAUGCUGCUUACACUAGCCUCCCUCUGAUUAAAGGGUCAGCUCUUGGCUUCCAAAUUCCUGCCUGCUUGCUGUGCUCUGACACGUCCCUUACUUUCAGCAGGUGACUCAUAGCAAAGCCUAGGCAACUCCAGUUGCUGCUUUUCCCUGAAUCCUCGGAUAUUGCCAGGAGUUGAUCGGGAUGGUGUGCGAUGAGGGGGUUUGUAGUGUUUGGGGAUGGAGACUGCUAAACGUCCCCCACCCCUCAUACUGAUCACGAAUGGGACUGAGCGGUCUACAGCUCAAUCUCUGAGCUAUUACUGAGAAAGCCCAUACAGUUACUGAAUACAUUGACCAUUCCACACAGCAACUCUGAUUCCUGUUUGUGGUCGUGUUUUAGUGAGUAGGCCCAACAUCUCGUACAUUCACUUGAGUGAAUGAGCACCAGCUCGUGGUGAUUUUUCUCUGUGUAAGCUCUUUGCCUCCUGAUUCCCAGUGAUUCUGAGUGAGUUUUGAUGCUGUGCGCGAUUCCUGUUGUGUAACUGCUCCCAGGUGCUCCUGCUGCCCUCUUGUCUGAUUUUCUAUAAGGUUAAACAGCAUGGGAUAAUGUGCUUUGUCCCUGGCCUGGUGUUCAGACCCAGUGUGAUUGUGCUGCAGCUACGGGCCAGCUUGAAAAUGCUGUCUCACGUAUUACUGAAGGUUUGCGAUGUUUUUAUGCUUUGUUCAUCAGUUUAUUCUACAUGGAGAAUCUGAAGCUAAGGCUUUUCACAUCACAGCUUGGGGGACACUUUCUUUCUUUACCCUCCUCCCUCAUUCCUUGCCUCAUUCCCUCCCCAUCUCUCCCUCUUUGUGUCCUCCCACCCUGCCAUUCCUGUCUCCCUCUGGACUCCUGCUUUCUCUCCUCCCACAGGCCAGAAAGUGUUUCUGAGGGUGCAGUUGCUCUUCUGGGAGACAGACUGGAUCUGAUGGGCACAUACCCAGUACCAGUGGCUGGGGGCUUUGACGAAGUAACUGAAGUAUUGACUCAGACUCAUUACCCCCACCUUGAGGCAUUUAUUGUAAGUUUUAAAACAUAAGCUUCACUUUGAUAUUUUGUAACCAUCACUGCCAUGUAUGUAAAGCAAUGAUUAAAGUCUCCAAUAUAAACUA